AUGGAACCGCUGCAGCAGCAGCCACCACAGCAGCAGCCACCAAACCUAGCUCCUCUGGGGAUGGAUGCCAGAGAGAAGCAGGGACAGCAGAUAAGAGAAGCCCAGUUCUUAUUUGCCCAGAAGCUGGUCACACAGACUCUCCUUUCUGCCACACCUGGGCGGCCUUCUGGCAGCCCUUCCCUGGGUCCCUUAGCCAGAGUUCCUUCAGCCACAGCAAUGACCCGAGUUUUUGAACGGAGCAACGCAAACUCAGAGCCUAAGGAAGAGGAGGGAGGCUUGGAAGAUGAGGAUGGGGAUGAUGACAUUGUAGAGGUGGCUGAGAAAGAGGCCCAGGCCGCUUCAAAAUAUUUCCAUGGGCAGAAAGUUGCUCGCCAAGACCCCAGAGUGGCACCCAAAUCUGGUCUCCUUCCAGCACCAGGGCUCCCACCACAUGGACAGCAAGCUCAAGAAGACCAUACCAAAGAUGCUGCUAAGGCCCCACCUUCAGUCUCCACAGCUGGGCAGCCAGGCUGGAAUCAGGAUGAGCAUCUCAAGCAGAAUGGUGGUUUGGCUUGGAGUGAUGAUGCAGAUGGAGGCCGAGGAAGAGAGAUCUCUCGAGAUUUUGCCAAGCUGUAUGAACUGGAUGGUGAUCCGGAAAGGAAAGAAUUCCUGGAUGACCUCUUCAUCUUUAUGCAGAAGAGGGGGACCCCUAUCAACCGAAUUCCUAUCAUGGCCAAGCAGAUCCUAGACCUGUAUAUGCUGUACAAGCUGGUGACAGAGAAGGGUGGCCUAGUGGAGAUCAUCAACAAGAAGAUAUGGAGGGAGAUCACCAAAGGCCUGAACCUGCCCACAUCCAUCACCAGUGCUGCCUUUACCCUGAGGACCCAGUACAUGAAGUACCUCUAUGCUUACGAGUGUGAGAAGAAAGCCUUGAGCUCCCCAGCUGAGCUCCAGGCAGCCAUUGAUGGCAACCGGCGGGAGGGCCGCCGGCCCAGCUACAGCUCCUCCCUCAUUGGCUACUCACCCACUGCCACAGCUGCUGCCACCAGGGCCCCGGCCCUUCUCUCCACACCCAAGAUCCGCUUCCCCGUCCUUGGGCUGGGCUCCAGCAGUGCUACCAGUGGCAGCAGCCCUCGGGUAUUCCCAGCAACUACUCUCAGGAAAGGUGAUGGAGUCCCGGUGACAACAGUACCUGUGCCAAAUCGUCAGGCUGUGCCCAUGACCCUGACAGACCAGCAGGCUAGUACCCGGAUGGCCACGCUGGAGCAGCUGCGGGAACAGCUGGAGCCAGGAGAGCCCCCUGGGAAGAAGGCUUCCAGGCUGUCUGAGGAGGAGCAGCGCCUAGUGCAGCAGGCCUUCCAGCGCAACUUUUUUAGCAUGACCCGGCAGCUACCCAUGAAGAUCCGGGUCACUGGCAGGGAAGACAGAUCAGAGGCCUCAGCUACAGCACUGAGUCUGACCUCGGGCAGCAUUGGGAGCAUUAACAUGUCUGUGGACAUCGAUGGCACCACCUACGCAGGUGUGCUGUUUGCCCAGAAGCCUGUGGUCCACCUCAUCGCAGGGUCUGCUCCCCAGAGCAGCAGCAGCAGCAGCAGCAGCAGCAGUUCUCACUGCUCACCAAGUCCUACCUCAUCACGGGGCACCCCCAGUGCAGAGCCCUCCACCAGUUGGUCCCUCUGA